AUGAGUUCCAAUUUUGACGACGAUAUUUACGGUGGAUUCAGUGGAGUUACGAACAAACUCUUCAACUACGACGCCAAGGAGGAUCAAGCCUUCCAGAAUGCGGUCCGCACGUCCAGCUAUGGCAAGAAAGCGACCACACCGAAGUUCUUCUGGAACGGAGACAAACUCGGCUCGGCAGAACCGGCAACCGCAAUGGCACGACCCUCGACCGCCAUCCGGCCCGUCGGCUAUUCAUCGCACAAUUCGAAGCUGUUCGAUCCACUAAACCAGGCGUCGAAAAAGAUAGUGGUGAUGGAGAACAAAAAGGAGGAAACGCCCGAACAGAGGUACAAGAAUUUGGAGACUAAAAUUUACUCCCUGCUGGAAGAAUCGAUUGUGGCCAGCACGGGAUCCAAACCGGAUAUGGCGACGAGUUUGGCGAAGGCGAAGGAAGCGUCCUCGCUCGAUCGUACCCUGUUACGGAUGCGUGAUCAGGACGGGGGGACCUAUACGCACAACUUUGAUCUGACCUUCUUCGUGCUGUUUAAUUUGGCCAACGUGUACGCGAAGAAUGAGAUGUACAUCGAGGCACUGAACACGUACACGCUAAUGACGAAGAACAAAAUGUUUCCGAACGUGAACCGGCUCAAGAUCAACAUGGGCAACAUUUACUUCCAGCUCGGACUGUACACGAAAGCGAUCAAGAUGUACCGGAUGGCGCUGGACCAGGUGCCGGGCAAUCAGAAGGAGCUGCGGCUGAAGAUCACGCACAAUAUUGGGAUCCUGUUCAUCAGGAUGGGCCAGUACUCGGAUGCGGCAACAAGCUUCGAGUUUAUCAUGUCGGAAAAGGGUGAUCUCAAGACGGGAUUGCACCUGAUACUGUGCUAUUACGCGCUGGGUGAUGUGGAGAAGAUCAAGCACGCGUUCCAGCUGCUGCUGGACAUCCAGAUCGACUACAACGAGGAGGAGAAAGUGUUCCAAGCGAAUUCAAAUCCUUCGUACGAGUACAUUAACGAGCUGAUCAAAUCGGACGAACUGCACAGCUACGAGCGGAAAUUGCGCCACCUGGCGGAAAAGAACAUACUCAUCUCGGCCAACUUAAUUUCCACGAUCAUCGACGAUUACUUUAACGAUGGAUACAGCUGGUGUGUGGAAACGAUCAAGAAUUCGUACUUCUCAUCGUUGGCCACCGAUCUGGAGCUGAAGAAAGCGGUCAUAUACCUGAAGCAGGACGACUUCCAGCAGGCAAUCGAUACGCUGAAGUAUUUCGAGAAGAAGGAAUCCAACAUUGCUAUAAACGCGGCAAUAAAUUUGAGCUUUAUUUAUAUACUGAAAAAGGAUGUUACUGCGGCUGAGAACUACGCUGAGGCUGCUAAAAAGAUAGACAGCUAUUGUCCGGCGGCUUUCAUCAAUAGUGGCGUUUGCUACUUCAUGAAAACCGACUAUGAAACGGCCAAGCUGAUGUUCACCAGUGCGCUCGAUAUCGAUUCUACUUCGUUCGAGGCACUGUACAACAUGGGACUGAUCUUCAAGAAGCUCGGUGAUUACAACAGUGCGUUGCUGUAUUUCCGUAAGAUAAUUUCGAGCCUCGGCCACGAGCAACAUCCGGAGGUGCUGUCCCAGAUCGCGAGCCUUUACGACCUGCUCGGAGAUGUUGGGACGGCUCUGGAGUACUACCUGCAGCUGCUCAGUUGUGUGCAGCAGGACAAUCGCAUCAUCCAGAAGAUCGGGGAACUGUACGAGGCGGACGGCGAACGGCAACAGGCGUACCACUAUCACCAUGAAUCGUACCGCAUCUAUCCGAUAGAGGCAACCGUCGUUAACUGGCUCUGUUCGCACUACAUCGAACUGCAGGUGGUGGAGAAAGCGAUUGGAUUCUACGAGAAGGCGGUCCUGCGGAACCCGCUCGAUCCGUACUAUCUGCUGCGGAUUGCCGGUUGCUACAGGCGGAUCGGCAAUCAGCAACGAUCGAUGGCGCUGUUUCGCAUGAUCCACGAGAUAUAUCCGGAGAAUACGGAUUGUUUGCGGGCGUUGAUGCAUCUUGCCCAAUCGCAGGGCAAUGGGGAACUUUAUGAACGGUAUAGUGGUGAGUUGCAGAAGCUCGAGAAACAGAAGGAGGUACGCCAACGUAUCGGCACGAACAGACCAACCAAUUCUGGAAGUUCACGAAUGUCUAGCGGUGACUAUAGCGUACGUUCGGCUGGUCACGAAGGGUAUCAACCUCCCGCGACCGGUACCGGUUCCGGCCACUCAUCGGCCGGGUUGCCAUCGAAAAGUGCCGACGUAUCGCCCGAUUACAGCAACAACUUUACUCCUCACACCGGUUACGGUUAUGCGGAUCCGCUUGGACCACCGCAGGAACGACCACGUACCGGCGUGCGCAAGAAUCUCACCUUUGACGAUGAUUCCGAUGAGGAUAUUAACACCAUCGAUCUAUUGCCCGCAUAA